CAUUAAAGUUUUCCCUCCUUUCUCUCUCACCUUGGUCUUGACUCUCCUCUAGAGAGAGAAAGAGAGACUAAUAGAGAGAUAUAGAGAGAGAAAGGAACAAAAAGAAGGUAAUAUAGAUAUAUAGAGAGAGAAAGUGUAGAGAGAGAGAGAGAGAGAGACUGCGGAGGGAACGAUGAAACACAUUUUCAAGAAGCUUCACAUAGGGGGCAAUCACGACCCUAAUCGAUCCAACGAAGUUCCUUCGACUGUCUCCCCUACAUGUGGCUCCGAUCAUCGCGUAGCUUCUUCCGGCCAGACCUCCGCCCAAUCUCCGGCGAGUCCAUCGACCUCUUCUUCUCCUUCUACCGCCGUCUCUCCGGCGACUGUGACGACCACUCCGGCCGAAUCGGCGGUCAAUACGCAGGACUACUACUCGUCGGAGGAGGAGUAUCAGGUUCAGCUAGCCCUAGCUCUGAGUGUUUCGGGGCGGGAAUCUGGGGACGAUCCCGAGAAGGAUCAGAUCCGAGCUGUGACGUUGCUGAGCUUGGGGCGCCACGGGAGUAAUUCGAUUCGGGAGAGGGAUGAAGCUGCUGCGGAUUUGUUGUCGCGGCAGUACUGGGGUUAUAGUGUCCUUGACUACGAAGAGAAAGUAGUGGAUGGUUUCUAUGAUGUAUUUGGGCUAUCCACAGAUCCAGCAACCCAAGGGAAAAUGCCAUCUCUCGCAUAUCUUGAAACAAACCCUGGUAGUUCUGGCUUUGAAGUUAUUAUAGUUAACCAAACAAUUGACCCAUCGCUGCAAGAGUUGUUGCAGAUAGCACACUGUAUUUCACUAGAUUGCUCAGCUGGUGAGGUUAGUGUUCUGGUACAGAGGCUCGCUGAACUUGUUACAGAUCACAUGGGUGGGCCAGUAAAGGAUGCUAAUAUCAUGUUAGCAAGGUGGAUGGAAAUAAGCACAGAGUUGAGGACAUCUCUUCACACUAGCGUGUUGCCUAUUGGGUCCCUAAAGAUUGGGUUGUCGCGGCAUCGUGCUUUACUUUUCAAGGUAUUAGCUGACAAUGUUGGAUUACCUUGUAGAUUGGUAAAAGGUAGUCAUUACACAGGUGUUGAAGAUGAUGCUGUCAACAUCAUAAAGUUGGCAAAUGAAAGUGAAUUUUUGGUUGAUCUCAUGGGAGCCCCUGGGACACUUAUACCAGCCGAUAUUCUAAGUGCAAAGGAUACAUCAUUUAAUUCAUUCCAUCCAAAAUUAAGCAAACUUCCAACUCUUCAGACAGCUCAUGACUCUGAAGUUUUUUACCCAAUACCGAGGCCACUACUUGGCGACUUUGAAGGCAGCAGUCAAAGCUCUGUGGUUGAAAAUAGUUUGCCACUGGGUAGAAAGGCAAGUUCUGAAAAGACUGUACUCCCGAGUGCAAGUGGUGAUACUGGGGUUGGUUCUUCUGGAAUUAAUAAAGUAACUCCGGCUAAACAGUUAGAUCAUGUUCCCUCACUGGCAAUUGGAACUUCUCUCCAUAAAGGCAGUCGUGGGCCCAAUGCAUCUGGUGAUGGUUCAAGGUUGAAUGUUAACAUAGUUCCUUAUAACCAGAGUACCACAGAGGACUCCAAAAAUCUUUUUGCUGAUCUUAAUCCAUUCCAGAUAAAAGGAUCUGGCAAGGCUUCUGUACAGAGCAAUCCUGCUUGGAAUAAAGUUGAUGAGUUUCGAAGGCCGAAGAAUGAACUUGUCUCUGGUCGACCUCCUGCAUCAUUAAUGUGGAAGAAUCGCCAGGCUUGCAAUGAGGUCCCUACAAGAAAAGAAUAUGAUUUUGCGGAGGGACUCCUUCCUAGAAAUAAUCGUGAAGUUAAUGAUUAUAAUAUGUCAUCAUCAGCUUCUACCAGUUCUACUGGAUCAGAAAAAGUCUACCCUAAUAUUCCAAAAUUACAGAAUAAGAAUUAUCCUACCCAUAGAGAUAUCGGGGACAAAAAAAUUUCGAUUGAUGGCAAUUCAUUGUUAGCAUCUAUGGAGAGUCAAUUUAAUAGGUUUUCUUUGGAGGAUAAUUUAAACAUUAAUCAUAAGGAAGAACAUCACAGGGAUGAGGAGGUUCGGCAAAGUGAUGGGUUACACAUGGCAAAAGAACAUGGAAGGAAUGCCAUUGGAGUACAUGAUCAUAGGAAGUAUACACGUGAUAGAUUUAUGGGGGCAAAUUUAAAACUAAAAGGCCCAGAAAGUCCAAGCUCAUCAGUCGAUUCUAGUGCAGUUCAGGCUGAUCCGGUAAUGGAUGAUGUUGGGGAAUGUGAAAUUCCUUGGGAUGAUCUAGUAAUUGGUGAAAGAAUUGGACUAGGUUCAUAUGGAGAGGUCUACCGUGCUGAUUGGAAUGGCACUCUUCAGCAGUGGCUAUACUCACAACCACCCUACCGGUGCACAGCCACAAUCGCAUGGACAGGACCAGCCACAGGCCGCCACCAUGCUGGAUUGUUCUUGAUGCAGGAGGUUGCUGUGAAGAAGUUUUUAGACCAGGAUUUCUCAGGUGCAGCUUUGGUUGAAUUU